CAAACUCCUUUCUUCACACCGCCAUCAUCUUGCCAGCCACCCAUAGUGAGGACCGUCCCUGCAAUCGAUUGCUAAUCGAUUUGUGUGAGGUUUACGUUACGACCUAAGGAGUUAUCUGCCGUCCACUUUGAGUGUGCCGCUCUGCAUUCCGCUUGCAUUUGAGCGGUCUCAGGUUUAGUCCAUUAUUGUUGUGUUGACCAAGCAACGUUUGAGCCACCAGCAACCGCUUUAUAAACGUAACCUAUCCUCCACCUACUGCCUAUACCAUGCAGGCCAUGUAUCAUCACGCACCCUAUCCAAGCGCCGCAUAUUCGCAGAGUCCGAGCACUUUUGCGUCAACCUCAAGUCAGGCAUACCCCGUGUAUCAGCAAGCAUACCCGCAGUCGCCUAUGAGCUACCAGGCCCCACCUACACCUCAAGAAAUUGAGGUUUUCAGGAACUGGUUCAACAAUGAGUUGGGAAAGUUGCUGGGCACUGACAGACUCACUAUCCAUCGUUUGUCGUAUAUUGCUCGAGAGCAUUCGCAACGCUUUGCGUCUGUGAUAUCCCAAUGUAUAGAACAACACAUUCAUAGGGUCCACCCGGCUAUCAAGUUGCCGUGUUUCUACUUACUGGACUCGGUCUCAAAGAAUAUUGGGCCUCCUUAUACUGUCCUGUUCUCUGCUUUUAUCACACCGCUAUUCCUGGAAUCUUAUCAAUCCGUCGAUCCAGCCACACGAGGCAAGAUGGAAGAAAUGCUCGUGACCUGGCGCACAGCCCUGGCUGGGGCCGAGUUAUUUGGUUCCGUUCCUCAGCAGACCAUUGAGAGAGCUAUUUGGGGUGACACAACCUCUGGGCAUUCUGGCCCUACCCAAUCCCAGGUACUAAUUGAACUCGAUGUGAAUCUUGCUCAGAAAAUCAAGGCAGUUGAGGCCAAUCCUGCCGACAUGGAAUCUCGCGCCCAUAUCGAUGUGCUUCGUCAGCUUCAUCAAUUAGUCUCAACAACCACCAUGGCAUCGAGUGAUUUGAAUGCAAUCUUGUCACGGCUCCGUGAAUUGGCUCGCACAACUGCUUCGACUGCACCGCCCCCUGCCGCCAUUCCACCGCCGCCACCGGUUGCUCCUGCGGUUCACUAUCCUCCCCAGCGAGUUGCUCCUCAAGUCACUCCCUCGUCCUCGUCAGCCACUGCGUCUCACCUUUCAUCGAUACUUGGAUCGCUCGUAAAUAGUCUUGCCAGCUCUCCCCCUACUCCUCCCCCUGCACCUGAGCCUGCUGCUAUUGCUAGUGUUGACGUAGACUCACUGUUCCAGAGCUUGGUCGCGGCGGGCAUCGUCCAAGCUCCAAAUGCAAAGGCCCCUACUUCUAAGAUUGAGCCGAAACAUGAGGAAAAUCCAUCUAAAAUAGACCCUAAGACAGCGAGAUUGCGAGACUAUAAGCGUAAAAUCUUAUCACUUUCUGUUACGCUGACGAAUCAAGGUUUGCAGAGAUCCCAGCCAGACAUGGUGUCCAUGUUAUAUGAGAGGCAGCCCUUGAAAUGCAGGCAAUGUGCAAAGCGCUUUCCGGACGAUGAGGCAGGUGCAAAGGCGAGAGAUGACCAUCUCGACCUCCACUUUAGACAGAAUAAACGUGCAACGGAGUCGAUUGGCCGUGGACACUCACGCAGUUGGUUCGUUGGUGUGGACAACUGGGUCCAUGAUAUCGCUGACGCGCAUGCGGCAUCAGAUCUCAGAGAGAAAGGAAAGGCGGGCGGCCCGGUUAGUGCUAAGGCGGCGGCAGCAGCAGCAGCGGAGCGACUCUCCAAGCUUAAUGCUAUGUAUGUUGUGGUUCCGCCAGGAGACGAGUCGAAAUCCGUCACAUGCCCUAUUUGCCGCGAGACCCUCAAGAGUGAAUUCCUGGAGGAGGACGAAGAAUGGGUAUGGAAGAACGCUGUGCAAGUCAAGGGCAAGGUGUAUCAUGCCACAUGUCAUGCAGAGACAAUGUCGCCCUCUGCUCUUGCUGUUAAGCGUUUGAAGGAUCCACGCUUCCCAUCUUCACGAUCACGCUCAAGGACACCAGAGACCACAGUAAAGGAAGGCAGUGUCUCGCCGCCUAGGACAUCAGGGCUCAAACGGAAAUCUUCGCCUGAUAAGGAGAACGAUGAACCCAUGACGGUAAAACUCGAGCCCUCCGAUGCUGAGCCUCCCUUAAAGCGCACCCGAUCAUCAACACCUCAGCGUUAGCAUCCCCUUCUCGCCUCCCCCCACCUUGCAUCACACUUCAACCAGCAUUCACUGAUUACAUCCGCCGUUAGAACUACAAGCUACUUGUCGUUUAAUCCGUUUUUGUAAUCUAUUUAUUUUUAAAGCUUCUGUUCAG